GCGGCCCCCGGGCUCCGCGCACCGAUCGAGCGGCGAUCCAGCGAUGCCUCGCGGCGGCCGGAAGCGGUAGAGGCGUCGUACGCGCGCGGCUUCCCUGUUCCGCGGGUGGCGGCAGCGGCCGGGGCGCGGAGGGGAUGGGGCGGCCGCGGAGCUGAGGCAGCGGCUGCUGCUGCUCCCCUUGACGUCCGCCAUGACCUGCACCAUCGAGAAGAUCCUCACGGACGCGAAGACGCUGCUGGAGCGGCUGAAGGAGCACGAUACCGCUGCCGAGUCGCUCAUCGACCAGUCCGCCGUUCUGCACCAGCGCGUAGCAGCCAUGAGGGAGGCGGGCGCGGCCUGGACCGAGAAGGUGGGAACGGGCGGCGGGCGCGGGCGAGCGGGGCGGGCCGUGGGGCGCGGACCUACCGCCGUGUCUCCGCAGGGCCAGGCCGCCCCGGCGGAACAGGCAGACCCGUCCCGGCUGCGGCCGCAUGUCCUCCUGUCCCAGGAGAACACGCAGAUCCGCGACCUGCAGCAGGAGAACCGGGAGCUGUGGAUCUCGCUGGAGGAGCACCAAGAUGCAUUAGAGCUCAUAAUGAGUAAAUAUAGAAAGCAGAUGUUACAGCUUUUGCAGGGGAGAAAAGCUGAAGAUGCACAACCAGUCUUGAAAGUUCAUCAGGCUAAUUCCUUGGAAAUUGAAAGUCAAAUAGACAGAAUAUGUGAGAUGGGAGAUGUGAUGAGAAAAGCUGUUCAAGUCGAUGAUGAUCAGUUCUUUAAAGUUCAGGAGAAACUAGCUCAGUUGGAGCUUGAAAACAAAGAGCUGCGUGAAUUAUUGUCAAUCAGCAAAGAGUCUUUUGAGGUGGGGAGAGAAGAUCUGCCUGACUGUGAAGCUUAGGUCACAAAAUAACCUUAUCUCCAAAUCUUGACUUCAGAGACUAUUACAAAACUACCCUGCAAGGAUGGGGUUUGAUUUGUUCUUUCAGGUGUUUUCUUGUAUGUUUGUUUUAUCUUUCAAAAUGUGUGGGCUUUUUUCUCUGUGUUUUUCUGAUACUACACACCCUUGAUGCUAAAGGCUUGCAUUGCUGCUCUCUGUUUGUAACUGCAGCAUACAGAUGCUUAACAAUGAAGUAUUUGUGAUGUGUACUCUUGUGAUAGUUUAUUUCCUCAUUUCAAGGAAAUAAAUAAGCUAAGAAUUCCAGAUGUGCAAAUGGCAUUUAAAUCCACCUUGCCAGUAGCUACAGAAUAUAACGUGGGUUGUGAUUACUUCAUAGAAAGAACAAGAGAUUGCAGAAAAAUUACAUUGUUUAUGGUAGGUACACAUUUCGCUCUGCUUGCACAAAGCAGGUAUGCAGAGCUUUUGCCUUGCUUCAGAGAGCUGCUACUCAGUAUUUAGCUGGGUUAACAUCACUUGGACAAAAGUUCAGAAGCAAAGCAAGAGAACAGCAGAUAGCCAGGGGAGCACUGGAAGUAUAAGGAGCAUACUUGACAUUGAUUUAUGGGUGAAAAUCAGAGUGGACAACCCUUUCUGAUGUCUGUUUGUUUCUGAAGGACAGUUUGCAUCUUACCUUUUUUUUUUUCUUUAUGGGUAGACCUGUUCUGACUGAACCAGUGCUCCAAGGUUUGUGGAUACUGGCUAGCUAUGAUCUGAAGGCAGUGUGCUCGAAGCCUGCACACAACACAGCACUGUCAGAUCAGAGCUCUCUGGUCUCCCACCACUUUAAAGUUCAGGAAGAGUGAGCGGAGGUCUAAACUAAGCCAAAAAACCCCAGGUAGACAUGUUUUUAAUGUUCCAUCACAGGUAAGUCUAGUGACAGAUGUUAGUAGUUACUGCAGAAUCCUAUAUUGAGUAAAAUUAGAAUUGUAGUGUUGUCAAUAUUGCAAUAUUUCUAAUGGCAUUUUUAUAUAAAGAUUUCUGUCUGUCUUACCUGUGAUCAAGGAAUGAUCUUCCAAGAACAGCAAACAUCUAAUUUUCAAUAUUAAGUUUUUAUGCCACUUUAUUCCCCAAGAGAGAAUUUUGAUAAAUGCAGAAGGUGAUUUAUGUUCCUGUGCUUAUUAAGAUACAUGUUCUUGAAACCAUUUGCAAUAUUCAGCAAGACUGUGUGGUAGAUUCAAGGGAUUUCUGUACGGGAGUGUUCUUGUAUGCAAUCCUUUUCCAUUACAACUUAUUUAAGAGGGAAUAAAAAGCCCCAACAGGCAGUUAUCUUCUCGAGUG